AUUUAUUGUCCCUUCAUUUCCAUACCAAUCGCUCUGUCUUCUCGUUUUCUUCCUUUCGAUCUUAUUAAGAUUCUGCUGACAGGCUUUCCUCUUUUGAUCGGUGAUACACACUACUUAUAUCAGUCAACAUCAGUAGUACAGAACACAGUAUGUCUGCAGCUGCCUGUGAAUGAGAAUAUAAUCAAUAUACAUGUAGACAUUCAUCCAAUCAUUGAUCGAAUUUCUAAAAUGAAAUUCGACCAAUCAAAAUUGGAUUAUUGAUUUCAUCUUCUGUAUUUUGAUUGGAUGAAUCAGUUGUCCUUGUUACCUUCCCUUCUUCCUCUUUCAAGAUUAUUGAUCGAUAGGAAGAAGGAAUAUUUUUCCCUUGAAUAAAUAAUAAUGAAAAGUUAAUGUGACGAUUUAUUUAUUCAUUUUCACAAUUUGGAAACUUGUGAUUCAAUUAGAUUCAGAUUCCCAUCAGACAAAAGUAAUAGUGCAGUCAAAAUACAAACCAUGUCAACUUUAAGUCAACAACGUAAACUAGUUGAACAACUACGUCAAGAAGCAAAUUUAAAUCGUCGUCCUGUUUCUGAAUGUGUGCAAGAAAUGAUUGUGUAUAUGGAGCAGAAUCGAGAAAAAGAUUGUCUUGUUUCAGGAUUUGCGAGUAAGAAAGAUAAUCCAUUCCAAGAAAAAGGCGGAUGCGUGGUGAUUUAGGCAACUUGUUAAAUGGAUGAUAAAACAAACAAUUUAGACUCAGUGUUCAAUUAUCCUUAUGCUCUUUACUUCUCUGCUUAUUUAACGAACAUUUUGUUUUUCCUGAAGAAUGUGGGGAAACUAGUUCAAUGUCCAAUUAAAUUGAUUUGAUUCUUAAACUUUGGUAUUUUAAUUGUAUUGCUUCAUUUCGUUUUUGUGUACAUGGACAAGCGCUCACAAGUAAAUUUAUUUAAUUAUACUUUUAUAUGAAUAAUAGGGGUACUCUCAUUUCGUCUAUCUAUUUCGUAAUAUCUUAUUAUUUCUGUUGUUUCUAUCUCUAUGGAUGCAGACACUUUAAUCCAAAUAAAAACCAAAUAACGAUGAACGUUUGAAAACAGACAGAUUCUUCGAAAGCGAACUUUUCGUUGAUUAUCUGUGUUCUUCUUACAGUGACGUUGAUAGACUACUUUACUUCAUUCAGCGAGGAACCCUAAGAUGUUAGUCUAUUCACCAAUGUUGCGAAUCAUUCUAAUAGUGAUAUUAGUUUGCUGGGUAAUUGUUGACAGGGAUGUGUUCCACUGGUGACCUACCGUGGUUCUCAAAUUACCAUGAGAGUCCAGAGCUAAAUAUUAAUCACUGAGAAUGCAGGUGAUAUGAUAGCACUAUUCUUUAGACAACUCGAGAAAUGGUCGGAUUAGGAGUGAAGGUUAAGUUAUGAAGUUAGUAGCGAUAUUUAGGAAUCGAGUACGGAAUAAUACUUGGUAGCCAUGAUGAUAAAUACAUGUACAGUUUCUGCAUGAUUUCAUAUACUAGAAACCUUUAAGUUGUCUUCACAAAUCCACCUACUAUCUUCCUGGUUUGUGAAAACCUUAAAUGUAUUUGUUUGUGUUCCCUUUUACAUCGCAAAUUAAUCACUUUCUCAUUGUUAUUUUAAGAAACGUUCAAGUUAGUUCCUUAUUUCUGCUGUUC